AUGCCCAUCAAAAAGGAUGGGCAGAGCGAUGUGGGAGGACUCGGUCGGGAGUACUCUAGGGUUGCGCUUCUAGAUCGACUUCGAGAAUCCUUAGUGCAGGAAGACCGUCUUGUCAUCCCUGACCCCUUCCGUCUAACACCGCUACAACUAAACUCAGAUGUCCCAAUAUGCACUGAAUGUCUCAACUGGCCCUCGAUCCGGGACCAGCUGGUUCUGCUUCAAAUGGAUGAUGGUGACCUUGCACUGCUCAUGCGAGAUAUCGUCAUGAACAUAGUGAUUGACUUUCCUUCUUGGAAUGCGUCCGUAAAUAUUUAUGAUCUCUUUCACAACAAGAUCUCGCCUGGGAGUUUGAUGCGCGAUUCUUUAGGUUCUCCCGAGGAUAUGGGAUAUGACGAAUAUGACAAUCUGUCCGAAAGCCAGGCAGCAAUGGACUCGGAGCUUACGGAGCAGCGUUUCCAACGAGAGAAGAUUAGUGCAUGGGUUGUGCUCUCUCAUCGAAGAUGCAUGGCAAUCGUUACUGUGUGGGGCCUACCUCCCAACAUGCCCCGUGUUCGCCAGGCCACCCCUCAACCUGCUAGCUGGGUGUUAUGGUGUUGA